GGGUUGCAGCUGGCUCUUUCGCCCGAUUUUCCUAGCUCCACGUUUACCACAAUAAUGCCUUGGCUUUCUCUCACCUCCUCCUCUCUUCAUCUUCCUCCUCCUCUUGCUCCGUCGUCGUCGUCGUCCUCCUCUCUGCAAUUUCGCAGGAUAACGUGCCUGCGUGCUUCGUCUUCAGUUAAUUCGGCGUCGUCUGCUUCCUCAACGUCGCAGCCGAAAGUCGUGGUCACUAGAGAGCGUGGCAAAAACGCGAAGCUCAUAAAUGCUCUGGGGAAACAUGGAAUUGAUUGUCUAGAGCUUCCUCUUAUCCAGCAUGAGCUGUUACCUGAUUCAAACAGGCUGUCGUGUUUGUUAAGUGAGACUGCUUUUGACUGGGUCAUCGUAACUUCACCGGAAGCAGGAACAGUUUUCCUUGAUGCUUGGAAAGCAGCAGGUACCCCAAAUGUUAAGGUUGGUGUCGUUGGUGGUGGUACAGCUAGUAUAUUUGAAAAAGUUGCACAACAAUCAAAACAGUACCUGCAUGUUGCUUUUGCACCAUCAAAAGCUACCGGCAAAAUUUUGGCUUCAGAGCUUCCAAAGCAUGGAAAUGAAAGAUGUAGUGUCCUAUAUCCUGCUUCAGCAAAAGCUAGCAGUGAUAUUGAGGAAGGUCUCUCGGAGCGUGGAUUUGAGGUCAUUCGGCUUAAUACAUACACAACGGUACCUGUGGAUCAAGUUGAUCAGAUGGUUUUGAGACAGGCACUUGCGGCUCCUGUUGUUGCUGUGGCAUCACCUUCUGCUCUGCGGGCUUGGAUUAAUCUUAUUCCAGAACUGGAGAGGUGGGGUAAUGCUGUUGCUUGUAUUGGCGAGACAACUGCUUCGGCUGCAAAAAGACUAGGGUUAACAAAUGUAUACUAUCCAGUAGAUCCUGGUCUUGAUGGCUGGGUUGACAGCAUUGUGGAAGCUUUGAAAGUUCAGGAGCAAGUCCAGAGAGUCUAAUAGUCCUUUCUGAAUGGCUUUUCCACCUUUCCAGGUGAAGACUGUAAAAGUAGUGCAUCACUCAGGAUGGACUGUAUGCUUCUAGGAACACUUGAGAGAGAGAGAGAGCGAGAAGAUUGUGGACAAUUUAACGGGAAAAUGUUGAUUGUUCUGCUUAUGAGCAAGCCCAUUUUUCUAUGGGACAAGGGGGGUGUAGCUUAGAGAUCUGAGACACGGGGGGCUGGAAAAAUUCUUAGAACUGUAUAUAGUAUUUUUUUUGUCGUGUAAAUGUUUUAAUAUAUUUUUUUUUUGGGGGUUGAAAUCUGUUUGGACAGUCAAUUAUUUGGCCAAAUAUAUUUGCUGACAUCACCAUUACAAUUUUCAA